AUGCUACCCCCGGCUAUCUACGUGCCAACUAACCGUGUCCGCACCACGCAGAUGCCAUCAGGAGUCGAAGUCUCAGACGAAUGCAUCACCGCCUUCCGAAAUCUGAUAUAUAAACGUGGCGCAAGCAAGCCGGCCUUUGUGAUAUACAGAAUAUCCGACGACAAGACCUCGAUCCUUGUGGAGGAGAGCUCGACGGACAAAAACUACGAGACGUUUCUGCAACGGCUUACUUCCGCCGUGGACAUGGAUGGAAAGCCGUCGCCUCGGUAUGCAGUAUACGAUGUGGAAUAUGAUCUAAAGAGUGAUGGGAAAAGAUCGGCAACUGUGUUUAUUAGCUGGGUGCCGGAGGAAACUUCUACCAAGUUCCGGAUGUUGUACGCUGCUACCAAAGAGCAGCUGCGAAGGGUGUUGGAUGUCAAGGUCUCAAUCCAUGCAGACGGGCCAUCAGAUCUAGAGUGGAAAACAAUUCUGAAGGAAGCGAGUGGUGGGAGAGUGAUCAUUUAG